CCCAAACCAUGGACCCGACCCCCACUGUGCCCCCUGCCCCCAUGGAGGCCUUCCUCUGGAUGCUGGUCCUGGGCUUCAUCAUCGCCUUCGUCUUGGCCUUCUCCGUCGGCGCCAACGACGUGGCCAACUCCUUCGGCACGGCGGUGGGCUCGGGGGUGGUGACCCUCCGGCAGGCCUGCGUCUUGGCCAGCAUCUUUGAGACGGUGGGCUCCGUCCUGUUGGGAGCUAAAGUCAGCGAGACCAUCCGGAAGGGGUUGAUCGACGUGGAGAUGUACAACUCCACGCAGGAGCUGCUGAUGGCGGGUUCGAUCAGCGCUAUGUUUGGAUCCGCUGUGUGGCAGCUAGUGGCUUCGUUCUUGAAGCUCCCCAUUUCUGGUACCCACUGCAUCGUCGGUGCAACCAUCGGCUUUUCGCUGGUGGCCAAAGGGCAAGAAGGUGUCAAGUGGUCUGAGCUGCUAAAGAUCGUGUUGUCCUGGUUCAUCUCACCCCUCCUUUCGGGCAUCAUGUCUGCUAUCCUGUUCUUCCUCGUCCGGAGGUUCAUCCUCCGUAAGGCAGAUCCUGUUCCCAACGGCUUGCGAGCUUUGCCUAUCUUCUAUGCCUGUACCGUGGGGAUCAACCUCUUCUCCAUCAUGUAUACUGGUGCACCCUUGCUGGGCUUUGACAAACUUCCUCUGUGGGGUAUCCUCCUAAUUUCGGCGGGGAGUGCUGUUGUCUGUGCUCUCGUCGUCUGGUUCUUUGUAUGUCCGAGAAUGAAGAAGAAAAUCGAACGAGAGAUCAAAUCCAGUCCUUCUGAAAGCCCUUUGAUGGAGAAGAACACCAGCCCGAAGGAGGACCACGAGGAGCCCAAGGUGCCCCUGGGCGAUGCCAAGAGCCCUGUUGCCGACGCGGGGUCGGCUGCGCCCCACCGGGCAGCGGUGGAGGAGAGGACCGUCUCCUUCAACCUGGGAGACCUGGAGGAGACCCCGGAGCAGGAGAGGCUCCCCAGCCUUGACCUGAAGGAAACCAGCAUCGACUCUCCCUUGCCAGGAGCCGUGCGGCUGCCCAACGGCAACCUUGUCCAGUUCAACCAGGCGGUGGGCCACCAGAUGAGCUCCAGCGGACAGUACCAGUACCACACUGUGCACAAGGACUCCGGCCUCUACAAGGAGCUGCUGCAUAAACUGCACCUGGCCAAGAUGGGGGACUGCAUGGGGGACUCGGGGGACAAACCCCUGCGGCGUAACAACAGCUACACCUCCUACACCAUGGCCAUCUGCGGCAUGCCCCUGGACUCCCUCCGCGCCAAGGAGGGGGAGGAGAUGGAGAAGCUGACCUGGCCCGUCGCGGACACCAAGAAGAGGGUCCGCAUGGACAGCUACACCAGCUACUGCAAUGCGGUGGCGGAUGCCCACCCGGCUGCUGAUGUGGAUCUGAACACGGCUCAGGUGGAGAUGGCAGUCGGCGACCGCAAAGGCAGCAGUAGCUCCCUGGAAGAAUGGCAUGACCAGGACAAACCCGAGGUGUCCCUCCUCUUCCAGUUCCUGCAGAUCCUCACAGCCUGUUUCGGCUCCUUCGCUCAUGGUGGCAACGAUGUCAGCAAUGCCAUAGGACCCCUGGUCGCGCUCUACCUGGUCUAUCAGACGGGCGAUGUGGCUACCAAGGUGGCAACUCCUAUCUGGCUGCUGCUCUAUGGAGGUGCAGGGAUUUGCAUCGGCUUGUGGGUCUGGGGAAGGAGAGUCAUCCAGACGAUGGGGAAGGACCUGACUCCCAUCACACCAUCCAGCGGCUUCAGCAUCGAGCUGGCAUCUGCCCUGACGGUGGUGAUUGCCUCCAACGUUGGCCUCCCCAUCAGCACAACCCACUGCAAGGUGGGCUCUGUGGUUUCGGUGGGUUGGCUGCGCUCCAGGAAGGCGGUGGACUGGCGCCUCUUCCGCAACAUCUUCAUGGCCUGGUUUGUCACCGUCCCCAUCUCUGGUCUCAUCAGCGCUGCCAUCAUGGCUGUCUUCAAGUACGCCGUCCUGAAGGUGUGACGGCAUCGGGGCUUGCGCUGCUCCUGCUUCCCUGCUGCCACCCUCCCCUCCAGGAGCCGGGGAGGUUUGUCCCACUGCGGGAUGGGGGCUGCCAUCAUCUCUGGGGCUUCCUCAGUUCUGCAUAGUGUUGUCACUGAAGUAUCUUUUUUUUUUUUUAAUAUAAAUGUCUUGGCGCUGAGUUUCUAGAGGGGGGUGCAGCACUGAUGCUGUGCCUGCCCCCCAAGUGACUCCCCUGCUGCCCUGUAGCUUUAGAUUAGCAGUUAUGGGAAGCCACUUUUCUUAAUUUUAAUGACUUAAUUAAGAUCCCCUGGCAGUGAUUCCUCCUUGAGUAAGGACUGGGGUUGGUCCUUGCCCCCACCCCCCCCACCCCAGGAGGGUUUGGGGGCUGUGGGGCCUCCCCCCAUCGCAGGCUAUGCUGUGUUCAGCUUUGCCUCCAUCCCUGUAGUGGUGCAGACACACGAUGCUGCCCAACCAUCCCAUGGGGGGGUCCUUGGGGGGCAGC